ACCAUAUCCUACACAAAAUGUGCUUGCUGUUGUGGACUUUGGGUUACAUUUUACCUAUGUCCUCGCUGGAUGGGAAGGUUCAGCACACGAUGCCCUAGUCUUGCAUGAUACACUUGAGAGGCCAAAUGACUUAUCAGUCCUUGAAGGUUAUGAGAGAUAUUGUGAGCUGACUAGUGGAGAAGUGCACCUAUUCUACUGCAUCUCUUUUAGAAUGGACAACAUGAGAGCAUCAGAGGAUAGCCAAACAUCAACAAUAAGAAGCCCUACCAAGAGAACUGGUGGUAACAAAAGAUGGACACCCACUGAAAGCUGCUUCUUUAUAAGAUUCAUGACCUCCCAAGUAGAACAAGGCUUCAAAGUUGAUAAAGGUUUCAACCCCCAAGCAUUACAUGCUACAACUAAGGCAAUGAAAGAUGAGUUCGACAUCAUUGUUACUGAAUCAAAUGUGUCCAACCACCUAAGGACAAUUGGCAAACGAUGGGAAAGAAUUAAAAAGCUAAAGGAAUUAAGUAGAAUGGGUUGGGAUGAUAGAAUGAAAAUGAUAAUAAUGGGGGAGUCAGAGUAUAAAAACUAUAUCAAGAUUAUUUGUGGUAAUGACCGGGCUAGUGGACGUCAUGCUAUUCACCUUGGAGAUGAAAUCGACACGGACAUGUAUGAUAAUGAAAACUUUCACCAAUCACCUCCAAUUGGUUGUCUUGAUGAUAUGUCUUUUGAGGAGACCGAGUUUUAUGUAAAUAUGUCAACACCUAACCACACUCAUUCAAAAAGCUCAGAAUCAAGGGGACCAACAUCCACUCAAACAAGAAGAGGAAAAGGAAAAAGAAAAUUAAUCUCUGAAGUUGAAGCAAUACAAGAAUGAAUAGCACGUUUAAGGAGGUACUAGGGAAUAUGAAUUCCACUCGUACUUUGGCCUUUGCCAAAGACCUUAUGAACGAGUGCAUGAAAUUAAAAGUAUAUGGAUAUGCUGGCCAUGAGAUCAAUAGGGCCUAUGAUUAGUGGAUGGCGGAUGAAAUAAGGGCUAUAUAUUUGUUAACGAAGGAUGAAGAACUUAGAAUGUAUUGGGCAGAGGAGUUUUUUGAAACAAUGGCUAAUCAAAGAGGAGGCUAUUGAGGGAAAAAUUAGCCAAACCUGAAGCUAAUUUCUAUGCAUUAUUUUGUACCUGUUGAUGUCUUACAAUAUUGGGAUGGUCUAUAUUUGUUAGUUUAUCUUAUGAUUGUGACUGUGAUGAAUAUUUAACUAUGUUUUUUAUUUAUAUUAUGUAUG